AUGCCUGGCUUCUUUAAACAGACUUUGUUUGCUUUAAUUUCUGUAUCGAGCUUUGCGUCUUUUCUCUUGAUCCUGGUUGGAAUGGCCACCCCAAAGUGGAUGACAGGAAAAAUACUUUGCAAGACUGGAGCCGAGCUGGUUAACGCCACGGACCCCGAGCUGGUCAAAUUUAUGGGGGAAAUUUAUUAUGGACUGUUUGGGGGCGGCAAAAUGCGGAAAUGUGGAUUGGGAGGGCGGCAUUCCAAAUUCACAAUAUUUCCGCAUCUGGUGAGAAAGCUGAACACGACCCUCCAUGUGGUGAUCAUCUUCUUCCUGUGUGCAGCAUUUUCUUUCGCCCUGGUCAGUUUGGGAUUCUGCAUCUUCAACAUCAUUAAAGUUCCCUAUCGAGCCAUUCAAGGUCCAGCCGGCAUAGCCUUGUGGAACUUCCUUGCAGGGGGCUUUGCUGUCCUGGCGGCAACGAGCUUUAUGGCUGCAGUAAAACUGCACAAUCUUACCGAAAGGAUUGCCAAUUUCAGGGAAAAUGUCUUCCAGUUUGUCAUCUUGGAAGAACAGUACGAAGACUCUUUUUGGCUUUGUGUGGCAAGUGCGGCAGUUCAUGGAGUGAAUCUGCUCCUAGUCGCUGUCAGCGGGAUUCGCUUCCCUACUCUGAAGACAAAGACAGAAGAAGCAAACGUUACAGCAGAAGACAUCAUGUAUUAG